CUUUCCCUGCUCAGCCGCCAGGGCUGCCCGAGUCCCGGGCGAGGGUGGACGUCGGCGCGGCAGCAAGCGGCUCUUCUCCGGCUCCUCCGCCCGAGGCACGGCGAUCGGAGAGCGCCAUGCCCCCUGGCCCCGUGCAAUAGAUCCCUCCCCUCCUCCCGCCUUCCCAGGGCCAGAUCCCCCUCUUUUGGAACCGACUCGGCGUGCGCUUUUUUCUUUUUUGUGUUUCCACCCGUCCGCAAAGCCUUGGAUUUGCGGGUGCGCAAAGAAAGAAGGGAGCGCCAGGAGAAACCAUCGCAGGCAGCCGCCAGCGGGCUUACAAGGACCAUGAAGUCUCCCGGGAGAACUUUCAGCAGGAAGAGCUAGUGGACCAAAGGACCUCCUGCCGCUGUUGAAGUCCACUUUUACCUUGGAUGUACCAGGGUAUUCUAGUGCCUGAUUGUUUGCUAUAAGGAAACUUGAAGACUAUAAGACAUGUCCAUUGCACUCAAACAAGUUUUUAACAAGGACAAGACGUUCCGCCCCAAACGGAAAUUUGAACCCGGGACCCAGAGGUUUGAGCUCCACAAACGAGCGCAGGCCUCGCUGAACUCUGGGGUGGACCUGAAAGCAGCUGUGCAGCUGCCUGGUGGAGAAGAUCUAAAUGACUGGGUAGCAGUUCACGUGGUGGACUUUUUCAACAGGAUCAACUUGAUCUAUGGAACUAUCUGUGAGUUCUGCACAGAGAGGACCUGCCCUGUGAUGUCGGGGGGCCCAAAAUACGAAUAUCGGUGGCAGGACGAUCUGAAGUACAAGAAACCUACGGCGUUGCCAGCACCCCAGUAUAUGAAUCUUUUGAUGGACUGGAUUGAGGUGCAAAUCAACAAUGAGGAUAUAUUCCCUACUAGUGUAGGCGUGCCGUUCCCAAAGAACUUCCUUCAGAUCUGCAAGAAGAUCUUGUGCCGGCUCUUCCGGGUCUUUGUCCACGUCUACAUCCACCACUUUGACCGCAUUAUCAUCAUGGGGGCUGAGGCCCACGUCAACACCUGUUACAAGCACUUUUAUUAUUUCGUGACGGAGCUCGCCCUCAUAGACCGCAAGGAACUGGAGCCUUUGAAAGAGAUGACAGCCCGGAUGUGUCAUUGAAGAACCACUGUUGAAUGAACGAAAAACACAAUUUCCUGCUAACUAAAGAAGACCUAGAGGACAUGCCAGCCCUCAGAGGGAAAACUUGCCUCCUUUUAUCCUUAAAAAGCAGGAACCGUCAGGGACAGGAGUUUAUUGCUUUCACAGACACCUUCCCACAGUUGUGUAUGCUCUUAACCCUAAAAAUGCUGCUCAGUACCUUCUUGGAAUGAUGUGGAUGACUUGGAAAGAAAGGACAAAAUGAUUCUUUUUUCCGUAUUCCCUGAAUGAGUGAGGAGGAACUCGUCAGACUACAAUUCGAUUCCGUCCACCUUCCUGCUCUUAAAGCUUUACUGCAAGUUUGGUCUCUUGGUGUACUUUCAAAACCAACUAUUGUUAAACUGUGGUUAUAAAUACAUUGUUGUCGGGUACAGUACAUGUUAAAGACCUCAGCAGAGUAUCUGGCUGCCUUUUCCAAAUCAGCUUAGAAAGUAACUCUCAGCCUGUUUUUUGCCUAAAAGGGGAAAAAGAGAUGAUGUGCAUUUAUUUUAAUAUACCAGAAACUGAGAUUAAUACCUUAGGCAUCAAUCUUUGUUAUCCAGAGCUCAGGUAGGGAAGUGGCCAAUUGCCUAGUGGAACAGACAAACUGGUUUUUUCCACUUGAAACUGUCAUGCUUUAGAA